GGAAUUCUGGACUCCACCACUCAGGGGCGUGGCUGCUGCUGAGCAUCUCAGCAUCCCGGAGCCUGAGGCUGGAGCUGAGCUUUGUUCUGGUCGCUCCCACCUCUACCCUUGAGGGUCGGGGUCUAUCCUCGGCUUGGCUCUCCCUCCUUCGGUCCACUCCCAGCAUCUGGACUGGCAUGGCCUUCCCCGAGCGCUGCGCCCAAGAGUUGCCCCUCUCCCUCCCUUACUAAACUUCUGAUCCGCGCCCGUGCCUGGUCCCCUUUUCUUUUUGCCUGACUCCCAAGGUCGGGGUCGCUCCGCCCGGCCCCGCCUCCCCGCAGGCCCGGCAUGACCCCCGCAGCCCGGCGCCCAUGGUCCUGACGUUGCUCUUCUCGGCUUACAAGCUGUACCGCUUCUUCGCCAUGUCUGGCCCUCGGCCGGGCGCUGAUCGGCUGACAGUGCCCGGGUCGGAUCGCAGCGGCGGCAGCCCGUGGUGGGCUGCGGGCGGCCGCGGGUCCCGCGCAGUGUCGCCUGGGGUGGGCGCCGAGGUGCAGGGCGCCCUGGAGCGUUCGCUGCCGGAGCUGCAGCAGGCGCUGUCAGCGCUGAAGCAGGCGGGCGCCGCGCGGGCGAUGGGCGCCGGCCUAGCCGAGGUCUUCCAGCUAGUGGAGGAGGCCUGGCUACUGCCGGCCGUGGGCCGCGAGGUGGCCCAAGGUCUGUGCGACGCGAUCCGCCUGGAAGGUGGCCUGGACCUGCUGUUGCGGCUGCUGCAGGCGCCGGAGCUGGAGACCCGCGUGCAGGCAGCGCGCCUGCUGGAGCAGAUCCUGGUGUCUGAGAACCGGGACCGUGUGGCGCGCAUCGGACUGGGCGUGAUCUUGAACCUGGCGAAGGAGCGCGAGCCGGUGGAGCUGGCGCGGAGCGUGGCGGGCAUCUUGGAGCACAUGUUCAAGCACUCGGAGGAGACGUGCCAGCGGCUGGUGGCCGCUGGCGGCCUGGACGCGGUGCUGUACUGGUGUCGCCGCACCGAUCCUGCCCUGCUGCGCCACUGCGCGCUGGCGCUGGCGAACUGCGCGCUGCACGGGGGCCAGGCGGUGCAGCGGCGCAUGGUGGAGAAGCGCGCCGCCGAGUGGCUCUUCCCGCUCGCCUUCUCCAAGGAGGACGAGCUGCUGCGACUGCACGCCUGUCUGGCGGUGGCGGUGUUGGCUACCAACAAGGAGGUGGAGCGGGAGGUAGAGCACUCGGGCACUCUGGCGCUCGUGGAGCCGCUCGUGGCCUCACUGGACCCCGGCCGCUUCGCCCGCUGCCUGGUGGAUGCCAGUGACACGAGCCAGGGCCGCGGCCCAGAAGAUCUGCAGAGCCUGGUGCUGCUGCUCGACUCGUCGCGUUUGGAAGCUCAGUGCAUCGGGGCUUUCUACCUGUGCGCGGAGGCUGCCAUCAAGAGCCUGCAGGGCAAGACCAAGGUGUUCAGCGACAUCGGCGCCAUCCAGAGCCUGAAACGCCUAGUUUCUUACUCCACCAACGGCACCACGUCGGCGCUGGCCAAGCGCGCACUGCGCCUGCUGGGCGAGGAGGUGCCGAGGCGCAUCCUACCGUGCGUGGCCAGCUGGAAGGAGGCCGAGGUCCAGACGUGGCUGCAGCAGAUAGGCUUCUCCCAGUACUGCGAGAACUUUCGGGAGCAGCAGGUGGAUGGUGAUCUGCUUCUACGCCUCACAGAGGAAGAACUCCAGACAGAUCUAGGCAUGAAAUCAAGCAUCACCCGCAAGAGGUUCUUCAGGGAGCUCACGGAGCUCAAGACCUUCGCUAACUAUGCCACGUGCGACCGCAGCAACUUAGCGGACUGGCUGGGCAGCCUGGACCCUCGUUUCCGGCAGUACACCUACGGCCUAGUCAGUUGCGGCCUGGACCGCUCCCUACUGCACCGCGUGUCAGAGCAGCAGCUCCUGGAGGACUGUGGCAUCCGCCUGGGUGUGCAUCGUUCUCGCAUCCUCUCUGCAGCCAGAGAAAUGCUACACUCGCCGCUGCCCUGUACUGGUGGCAAGCCCAGCGGGGACACUCCAGAUGUCUUUAUCAGCUACCGCAGGAACUCGGGCUCCCAACUGGCCAGCCUCCUGAAGGUGCACCUGCAGCUGCAUGGCUUCAGUGUCUUCAUCGAUGUGGAGAAGCUGGAAGCUGGCAAGUUCGAGGACAAGCUCAUCCAGAGUGUCAUGGCAGCCCGCAACUUUGUUCUGGUGUUGUCUGCUGGGGCACUGGACAAGUGCAUGCAAGACCAUGACUGCAAGGACUGGGUGCACAAGGAGAUUGUGACUGCUUUAAGCUGUGGCAAGAACAUUGUGCCCAUCAUUGAUGGCUUCGAAUGGCCUGAACCCCAAGCACUGCCUGAGGAUAUGCAGGCUGUACUCACCUUCAAUGGCAUCAAAUGGUCCCAUGAGUACCAGGAGGCCACCAUUGAGAAGAUCAUCCGCUUCCUGCAGGGCCGCUCCUCUCAGGACUCAUCUACAGGCUCUGAUACCAGUUUAGAAGGAGCUGCACCGAUAGGCCUGCCGUAACCUGUUCCUAGUUCUCAAGCCCUGCUGUGAAUCCCGUUUCCAUCAUCCCCUACCCCUGAAGGAACAGCUCCUCCAGCCUGCCACCCUGAACUGAGACAAACCAGACUGAGCUCUUCUCAGGAAAUGGCGCUCCAUGCCCCCACCUUCGAGGCCCAAUUCAAACCCAGAGAUGCCAGGCAUAGGGGUGGAAGGGUUCUCCUCCCUCAGGCCCUGCCAUCAGGUUCUGUCUCCUAGCCAGAGCCAUGUUCUGCUCAGCUCUGGACACUCAGAUGGGGGAGAAGGCUGCAUAUUCUCCCAUCUCCUGCCCCAAGAGCAGUUUGAGUAGGGUGAGGCUGGCAGCCUCUGGUAGGAGUCAAGGCAAUGCCCAGGCUCCUCUGCCUGUGCCUAAGAGGUAGCCAGGGUUGAGAAUCCCCUGAAGGCUGUCCACUCACACUGUGCUUGGCCCCUGGCUCACUCCUUCUUGCUGCCUUGUGGCCUUGCUCUGUAGCUACUCAGUGCCAGCCUUCUUUUAGGGCAACCUCCUUUUCCAUAUCAGGGGUCAAGCCCUCUGUCUGGCUUUGCCACACUUUCUGGUGCAAGGAGGAGCCCCCUGCUUGCAAGCAGGGAGUCCAUGUCUCAAAGCCCACCUUAACCCACACCUUGGUGCUGUGCCUAAGGUUCCUGCCUAGCCUGCCCCAGGCUGGCUCCCCCAACUCCUCACCCACCCAGAGCUUGUCACUCACUUGCUCUGGCAGUACCAGUAGCCCAGGUAGAACCUGCACCAAGGGAAGAGGCAAGAACCCCACUGCCAAAGGUUAUUUCUUGCUGCAGUUUCUCCCACUGAAGUAUGUAUCCAAAUCCAUCAGGAAUCUAGGAAGGGCCCGAGUAUCUGCAUUUCUCACAGAUUCCCAGGCAAGCUGACACAAGUUCCUCACCAAUCCUUGCCAAAAUCCCCUCCUGGUCCCUAGUUAUCACAGCAGCCUUUUCUAGUCCUGUCACCUCCAUUUUAUAGAGAAUAGUGGCUAAGUAAUGACAAGUCAUUGGUAGUAACCUCAGGACGCAGACCCAGAAUUGUAGCAGACCUGCCCUCCUGAGAACCAUCCUGAGGCCCCAAGCAGGGUAGCAGCUUCUCCCUGGCUCCAAAGAACUGAGCAAUAAGGGGUGAGUCUCAGCCAAAAGGCUGACAGGGUGGGGGCAUACAUAAGUAGCUGGGAAGGACUGCCCCAUAUCCCUCCCUCUAUUAGAGGAGGGCAAGAAAGUUCACUACCCAAUACCCAGGCUCCAGCUUGGGGUUGGCUGGCACCCACCCUGCUGCUAUCUGCUGGGGCAGUGAGGUCACACCUCUCCCAGAGCUGGCCAGGCUACUUGCUCUCAGUCCACAUCAUCAGAGAGCCAAAGGGUUCUCCAGGUUUGGGACAACUUCCUUCCACUGUCCUCUCUGCCAAAGACCCUGUUUUCCAUGGGUUCUGGCUGGACGCUGGCUGUGAGCACCUGCAGUCCUCUACCACCAGUGCCAACCCCACGCCCGGUCCUGGUUGCAAAGGGUGAGGUAAGGCAAUGGGAUGGUGUCCUCAAUGACAGACUCUGUGACUCAAUAAUAAUACAGUAUACAUGUUCCCCCAGGGGCUGCUGUUUUUUGUCUCCAAUCCCAUACUCUCCUGAGGUCUCCAUGGGCAGUACUCAAGAAGAGACACAUGCCACUGCUGUGUACCUCUAGUCUGACCUUCUGUUGACCUAUUUCCCUCCUGUCCACCUAGAUGAUGAGAGUCCAGCUUCCUGCCAUAGACACUAGCUGGUGUCAAGCCUCUCCCAGCCAGGUAGUGUUCUGUGGUGAGACACUGCUCAGAUUGUUGGCAGAGCCAGUGCUGGGCCUUACUUUCUACAAGGCAUGGCCAACUAAACUAAUCUUGAGACAGGGCUCUGAAGUAGCCCUUCCCUAGAGCCUUCUCUGAUAUGAUCUGUAGGGUCAGGGUUUUUGGUCUGACUGGUCUUCUAGAGCUGCUGCUCCCAAGCUGGGGCUGAGUCAAUGCAGUCCCUAACCCCUGAGUCACCCAUUCCUCUCUGAACUGCUCAGAGACAUUCAAAGGCUAAAACUGGCCACCAUCCAUUCCUCCACCAGGCAUCUCACUCUGGGAUGUGUGAAGCUGAGAUCUUAAAGCAUCCAACAAUGGUGCUUUCUCAACAUGUCCAAGUAAGUGUGGUUCCUAUGACUGGAGUUUGGGGUAGUGCUGAUCCAGUUUUCCCUAGAAGGUUUGCUCAAGGUCAUCCCGUGCUGGAGUAGAGCCUUCCCCCACUCACAGUCUCAUGGUGGCAGGGUCAGUGGAGGACCUCUCCUUGCUUAGGCCUCCCAGCUACAGCAGGACAGUGAGGCAGGAGUCUGGAAGCAGGGUGGACAUGCAGAGAUCCACUGGACUCUAAUUUGUCCUGGGUUACCUCAGUUUCACCUACAUGAUUUCUAGCCAAGAAACUGGCUUGCAAAGCAGGUAAGAAAAAGAGCAGCAAGGUUCAGCCUUCAAGAGCGGUUCUGGUUUGAAGAGUCAAGAACCACCUGCUAGGUUUGCUAGGGGGACUUCCAGUCCUUAUUAUGUUAAAUAAAAUCCUGCCUUUCAGUUUUGGGUCCAGACCUUCCCAGUCUCCCAGAACUGGCUCCCAUUUCCAUUCUGGGACAGAUGAAGGAUGGUCUCAGUAUACAGCCCUGCUCAGCACUGGGCAAUGUGGGAGGGCUGAACUGCAGCCAAAACAGAUCUUGCCUGGCUGGUGUAGCCAUGAAGACCGGACCAGGUGCCUUGGGAGUGGAUU